GAAGUGGAUUUUGACAGUAGUUGUCACUGCGAGAAAAAAACAUUGAUUUUUCAAUUUUUCUCCAGCAAUUUUUAAUGCGUUUUUUGCGACAAUUUUCCAAAAUGGCCACACCUGAGGUAUCCGGACUACGAUAUAAAUAUCUCGAAAGAAAGGAAGCCUUCAAGGAAGACAGUCUCAAGAAGAAGGAACCAUUCUCAUUGUUCCGGGAAUGGUUUGAGGAGGCUCUCCACGAUAAGGUUAUCGAAGAACCCAAUGCUAUGUGUCUGUCCACCGUAGACAGCACUGGUCAGGUGUCGUCACGGUAUGUCCUGAUGAAGGGCUACACAGAUGAAGGGAUAAGCUUCUUUACAAACUACGAUAGCCGCAAAGCCAGGGAGAUGCUUUGUAAUCCAAAGGUGGCCCUGAAUUUCUACUGGUUUGCCCACAAGAGGCAGAUUCGCGUUGAAGGGACUGUGUCGAAGGUAAGUGCAGAGGAAUCUGAGGAGUACUUCCGCUCCAGACCGAUUGAUAGUCAAAUGAGUGCUGCAGCUAGUCAGCAGAGUGAGAAGGUACCCAGUAGGGCACAUCUCGAUGAGCUUGUUGAGGGUGUCCGGAAGCAAACGGAAGCCAAUGAGGGCAAAGUUCCAAUGCCAAAUUGGGGCGGCUACUUUGUCAAGCCUCAUCGUUUUGAGUUCUGGCAGGGACAGUCCAAUAGACUGCACGAUCGUAUAAUCUUCAGACGCUCCCCCGGGGUGGAGAAAGAAGUGGAUGGUACGCUGACCAAGCAGGGUGAUAAUGGGUGGGUGUUUGAGCGACUCGCUCCAUAAAUUUUUCCUCGCAAAAUUCCAAAGAAAACGUCUUCCAAAUCUUUGUUAUACACGCAAAAAAAUAAAAUAAAUGGCUGAGAUGAACAAACAACUUGAGAUACCUGAUAAGGGAUGAGAAGAGUGUCUAAAAAUAGACAUUGUAACGAAGUAAUUCCAUUACGGAUAAAAGCAUAGAAAUAAAACACUGUGCCAAUUGAAGAACUAAAUGCGGUAGAUUGUGUAUUUUAUUUCUCACAAAAGGAAUAAAGAGAGGAGAGGAUUUGUGGGAAUAAAAAUCAACUUCACAAAAAUUCGGAGAUCAUGUGUGGGUGGAUAAAUUAGCUACAACAGUAACCAUUUUCAUUUUAAAUUUAAGACAUAAUUUUUUUUAAGCUACAUUUCUUGGAUUUCUUUUUUUUUCUUUCUUACUGUAUUGCUCUCAAGAAGAUUAUCGCUGGAAACACAUUUUCCUCUAAAGAAGUAUACUCAUCUGUUGAAUACUUUAUGCUGGAUGUUUGUUUUACAUUAAAUGGCAAUUUGGGUACAUUAUACACAUUUUUCUUUCCUUCAACACGUUUCACUUUUUGGUUCCAUCAGAAAAGGUUGACAUUAUGCUAUUUCUUCCUUAAAUAUUCAUCUCACAUCUUUUUUUAUUUUAUUUAAUUUUUCAUUUCUAAAGAGAGGUGACUGCAAAAAUAUCACAGUUUUACACUAUUCAGCAGUCUUGGUUUAAAAUUUAGAGAUAGAUUUUUCAUUUUUAGUUUUCACACAAAUUAUUUUAUUAUGUACGAUUGGAAAAGAAGGUGUGGAACUCUAGUUUAUCAUUUCUACCACAUAUUCUGUGAAUUUGAAUUUAAUAAAAAGGAAAUUUUAAAGAA